AUGAAAUUGGAGAUGCUUGAGUCUUUAUUGAUUCAAUUGAAUUUUUAGGAGAGCUAACUUAAAUGGAAAAACACUCUCUUUUAUGUGAUAUUGAGUCAAAUAUUGAGUAUUUUUUUUUUGAUUUACCCUUAUGUCUAUAAUAAAGUAAGACAUAAUUAAUUUGAAUCAAUUAUGGCAAUACCUAAAGUAAUUCUCCUAGAAUUUUUACAAUAAGUAAAUGUAGCAGAAUAUUCUGUAUUGAUUAUUAAUGCUUGGAUAAUAAUAUUGUUAAUUUGUUUGUGCUUUGAAAAUUAGAAAUAAAAAAUAAGUCAGAUGAAAACAUUUGAAAAGAAACAAUUAAAAUCAAUUCCAAUAUAUUAUUUGAUGCUUACAUCAAAAGUUAUGAACUAUAUGUUACUACAACCUUUAAUUUGUUUAGGAUUAUUUAAUUUGUAAAUUGAUUUCCAUUCUAACCUUUACUUCAUCAUCUAAAAUUUACUGUUUCUUUUGUUUGUCCAUAUAUUUUCGAUAAGCUAUUAUAUUUUAAAUAAUACUACUUUACUAUUAACAGAUAAAAUGGAUAAGAAAAUUGAAGAUGAUUAUUUGGAUUUUAUAAUCUAUCUUCUUAGAAUACUGUAAUCAUAUAUAUUUAUUUUAUUGGACAGUCCCAUGACAGACAAACUAUAAAGUUUUAUUUAUUUAUCCAUUAGUAUAAUUAGAAUAUAUACAAUAUUGAUAUAAAUGAAAUAUUGUGAUCUCAAACAUUGCUUUAUUUUAAUAUUUUUUGCUUCUUCAGGAUUAAUUAUUUCAAUAUGCAUAUUUUCAGAAUAACAUUUGAAUAUAGGAUAUUUAAUGUUGUUGAAUCCUUUAUUAAUAUAUUGUAUAUGGAAAUCUUUAAUGUAUUAAAUAGAAUUUAUUAUUCUUAAUGAUCCAUAAAGUUUAUAAAUAGAUAUGUUGCAUUUUUUAGUUUGUUUUAUAUUUGCAGACAAUUAAUUUUCAUAAUAAAAAAAUUGUAUACUUAAUGGAAUUAAAUUUAGUAAGCAUCUUAAAAAUUGUCAAUCUAUUAAUUGUUCUUGUCAAAAUAAAUAUAAAACUAUAGAUCCAUUAGAAUUGAAUUUAAUUUAAUUAGAUAUAUCUUAAUCAUUCUAAAAUUAAAUAGUCUAAUAAUUUAGAUAAUUAAAUUUACAUAAAAAAGGUAAACAUUUUUAUAAGAUGUGUCAUCUAUUAUCUGCCUUACAUUAAUUAGGAUAUCAUUAGGAAAUCUAUUAUAGAAUAGAAGAUUAAAAAUAUAAACAUUUGUUAACCUUUGUUUAAUAAAUAAAUUGGAUAGUGUUCACAUUUAUUAUAAAAAAAUAGAUGUACAAUAAAUUUGCUCAAUAAUUAGAAACUGAUAAUAAGGAAUGUUUAGAAUUAUCAGCAAGAAUUACAGCUUUUUUACAUUCAGAAUCAUUUCAUUUAUAAAUUAGAAAUAAUUUAAUUUCUAUUAUAAAAUUGAAAAUCUAAAUUUUAUCCUCCAUUUUGAUGUUAGAUAAUGAUACAUUAUAUGAACAUAUUUAAACCUUUGCAUUAGAAAGUUUAAAAAGAGAAAAUGAAUUAAAAUAAAUAUUUUUUAAAUUCCCAAGUUCUAAAAAUUAAUCAAUCUUAAUGUUUUUUAUGGGUGAAAUUGUAAAUGAUUGGUAUAGAGCCUAUGAAUUCUGUAAUUUUAGCUCACAUGAUAAUAAUACUUACUAAUAAUUUAUAUCAAGUGAUAUUAAUAGUAUCUCUAAUAAAAUGACUUAUCUUGUGUUUGUAUACGAAAAUAAAAAGUUAUAUUUGUAAAGCAUUUCUAAAAAAGCUUGUGAAAUAUUUGGAUGGGAUUAGAUGUAAUUCUCUUAAUUAAAAGAUGCUAAUGUACUAUUACCUUAUUGUAUAAGAGAAACUCAUGAUUUAGAAAUUGAUAAAUUCUUAUAGACAGGAAAAGGAUUGUAUUUUAGAACAAAAGGUAUUAAUUUUUGUUAAUGUAAAACUGGUUAUUUAUAACCUAUUCAUUUUUUUUAUGAUAUUCAAUUUGAUUAAUAAUCUUUUUUUUAAUUUAUAUCCUUUAUUUAAAAAUUAGAAACUCCUUUAGCUAUUUUAGUUGUAGAUGAAAAUGCAAAAAUCUAAGGUAUUAGUAAAGAUUUUUUUAAAAUGAUGAAUUUUUCAUAAUUAGUUACAGAUUCUUUUUAAAUAGAAAAAUUACUUUAUGGUUUGCCUUCCUCUUUAUUUUUUUAAUUAUCCUAAUUUACAACAGAAUCUGCAACUAAAUCUAUUAUUACUUUCCCUAAUGAAGAUUAAUGUUUUAUGAUGUAGAAUUAAAAUUUAAAUUAAAAAAUUAAUCUAUGUAAAUAAAGAUAAUCAUAAAAUCUUUUUGAAGUAUAAGGUGAUAUUCAAAUUAGAAAAACUUAUAGUAUCAUUAGAAUAUAUAGAAUGAUGGAAUGUGAAUCUUCAAUUUAAACAUAAAAAUAAAUAGAAUACUAUAAUUCAGGUGAAUUGCCAUCCUUAAUUAAUGAUGAAGAUGCUGUUAUCAGUCCUUAUGAUGAAUGUUUCUAAUUCUUUUCUCCAUUAAAUGAAAAUCAUUAAAAUUAAUCAAAUCAAUACUUUUUAAGAUCAACUUAAAAACAAAGUACCAAAAAAAUCUAAUUAAUUGAAUCUAAUAUUUAGAAUAGUAUUUCAUAAUUAGUUGAAAAUGAAUAAUAGACUAUUAAAAUGCUUGGAAACAUUUAUUAGAAUCAAUAAGAAGAUGACACAGUUUCAUUUUAAUAAGAAGCACAAUCUAAUGCAUCUUAUGAAGAAUUAAGAAGAUCUCAUUUCUAUAAAAAAUACUGUCUAUAUCAUACUAUAAUUAAUUCUAAUAGUACAUAGCCUCAUAUUAUCAAAUCAACAAUUAAUUUAUAUUUAGUGUUAUUUAUCAUCUUGAUAUUUAUUAUAUUGGUAAAUAUAUUCAAAUAUAUUUUUAGUUUUCAAUUUUAAAAGCUUAUGAUCUUCAAAAAGUUACUUUUUAUUAUGAUUAAAUUCAAAUCAAUCAUUUUUUUAUUGAACCAAUACAUAAGUUUUUCUUGGCUAGAUUCACUGUCUAAGAUUACUUCUACCUUAAAUAUUUGAAUUAAAUUACUGAAACUUAAAAUCAAUUCUAUUAAUCUUUUUCUUUAGCAAAUAUUAUAAGAGAAUAUUCAAUUAUGCGUAUAAACUUUUAAGAACAUUUUUAAGAAUAAAAAUUUUAAGAAUUCUUAUUUGAUUAAUAUAUGGUAGUGAAACAAUAAACUAUACAUUACAAUCCAAUUAAUAAUACAGAAUAUAAUAUUACAGUAUAAUCAGCUUUUUCUUUAUUAUUAGAUGCAUUUUAUAAAUAAUAAUUAAUUUAUUUGAAAUCAUUUAAUGUUACAAUUUAAGGUGUCGCACCUCAUUAAACCUUUUAAUACCUGAAUUAUAUUGAAUUUAUUACUAUAUUUAAUGAUAUAUCCCAUGAAAUAUAUCAUCAAUUCUUAAAUUAAAUGAAAGCUACUGAAAAUUUGUGGGCAUUCCUAUGUUUUCCAACAUAAGUAAUUUCCACAUUAUUCCUUAUUGGAUCUUUCCUAUAUCUUAGACACUUUAAAAAGAUUAUUGAUAAAUUUAUUAAUUUAAGAUCAUAUACUGAUUUAUAAUGCAUAAGUAAAGAUCUAAAGAGACUUUCCUUUUUGAUCAAUCAUCUUAAAUCUGAUUCAGAUAUGAUCUAUAAAUAUAGAUUUAAUUUAGAUGCAAAAGAAUCAAUGAUUAUGGAAAAGAUGAGAGGUAAAAACAAUUUUAAAGAUGAAAAACUAUAUGAUAAAUCAACACGUAUGAUGAAAUUAAUUCUCAUCUAUUUUUUAAUAUUCUUUUUUUGUGUUGGUGUUACAUUAACCUUAACACUCAUAAUAACAUCAUUCUAUUAACUAUUUCCAAAGACUUUAAACUAUUUUAAAUUGUUUUCUGAUGUUGGAGUUUAUGUACCAGCAGCAUUUUCAUAAAAGGAACUUUUAUUCUUUUGGAAUAGAUUUCAAUUCUUUACAUCUAAUGAUAGAGUUUAAUUUAUGGAAUAAGUUUCCAUAGGUAUUGAUAAAAUUAAUGAAUUCUUAUCCACUGAUGUUAAUAUGGAUGAGUUUCAAUUUUCUAAUGAUUUUUUAGAAUAUUUCCAAAAUAUUGGAUAAAGCAAUCUAUGUCCAUUAUUAAAUGGAGUAUAUUUUUUAUUUUUAUAUUAUAGAGCAACUAUGUUGAAUUUGAUUAUUUUUGUGAAAAUUCUAAAAAUGGGAUUUUAAAAAGAGGUCUAUUACCAACAUUGAGUGAUUUUAAUUAUUAAUUGAAAUAUGAAUUAGAUACUGGUUUAACUAAUAGAACUAUUAUACCAAUAGAAGAAUUAGAAGCAGUUUAUCUAUGUUCAGAAGUAAUUAGUUCAUUAUGUGAUUAAAUGUAAUAAGACAUUAUGGAUCAGAUAAAUAAAUUAGAUAAAAUUUUGGAUGUAAUAUAUUAAAUAAUAUGUAGUGGUUGUUAACAUCUUCAUUUAUAUUGCUAGUUUUAGGAUCAUUUUUAGUUUAUUUUAGGUUUUAUUCGAAAAUGAGAAGUAAAUUAAAAUAUGUGAAAAAGAUUAUCUAAAUUUUUCCAUAAGAUUCAAUGUUUUUGAAUGAUCAUUUGGAAAGAGAUCUCAGAAAAAUGUUAUUAUUAGAUUAAAUAACUUGA